CAGCAGCGGUGUUGAGUUUAGUCAGAGAGUUGAGAGCGCGAGAGAGGCGAGUGGGGGGAAACCACGCUAAGCCGAGUCUGCUCAGUGAGACCAGCAUGAAAGGGGGAAAGUAAAGGGAGAAAUUAAGAACGAGCAGUAUUAGCGCGCGCUCCGCUCCCGUCGCGAGCAGCGCGUCGCCGUCGACAUUUCGCAUCGUCACGUGCGUUUCGACACAAUCCAUACCAACAACAACAACAACAACCUGCUAGACGCGCGCGCGAUCUCCCCGAAAAAGGGUCUCAACUACUCAAUCUGCAGUCCACUCUUCCUUCCACACGCGCGCUGGGACUUAAGUUCAGUUUGGAAUUUCGGAGUUUCGCUUUCGUUCGCGCGCGCGUGUGCGGUUUAAGUGUGUGUGCGUUUUGUACCAAUCGAGCGCGGAGCAGCGGAGCGCCGCGCGUUCCAUUCGUGCGCUCGCCUCACUUUUACUUUCAUUUCGUGGCGCAACAAACGCGACCACGACUGUACGCUCUCAGGCGGACGGAGCCGCGCGUGUCGUGCCCCAAAAAUACGAAUCCGCGCGCGGCGCUCAAUACGCGCGAGCCGCCGACCGCGAGAAGAACGCGCGGACCACCGCCGAAGACACCCGCGAGGAUGACCGCCCGAUUUGGUACCACGCGCCUCCACCAACCGUCCAACCAUCACCACCAUCGGGAAUAAUCCACGAGGAUUUAAUCCGCAUCUUGAUUUGUUGGUUUUGAAAAGUUUGUCGAAAGUUUUUUUCUUUCGGCAAAGUUUCAUACUUUACAAAGUUCACAUUGGUGGUCUUGUUGUUGGUGUGUCCUGGAAAAAAUUCCACACAGUUUCGAGGAGAAAAUCGAAAGUAAAAGUGCAGAGUGCGCGGCUGGGCCGAAAUCGAAAGUGAACUGAAUUACGACAACUUGUUGCUUCAUCGCUCGGCGCGCGCGCGCGCUCGCGCAAUCGGAACGUAACCGCUUUUCAAACCUACCAAAGCGACAAAACACCUCACAACCACCUGAAAAUUUUUGGAUUAAAGUGUGUGUAUGUGUGUCACAACAAAAAAAGUGUCUCUGUGUCUUGUUAUCUUCAUCAACAAACGGAUUAAUGUUUUCAUCAAAGUGUCGCCCUUUGUAUUGUGGAUAUUACACGCCCAGGUGACCCCCAGGGUGGCAGCCAAUUCAAAUGAACACCUGUGAUCGAUAGUAAAAUCUCCAUCAUCCCCCUUCGUGUCAAUCGCCAUGUACGCGGACGAAACGGAAGCGCACGGCCUACUAACCUUGCACUAUGGCAAACACCAUGCGACGAUCGUAGACGAGAUCAAGACGUGCUUCACGUCCGAGUGCUACGCCGACAUGACGUUCAUCUGUGAUGAUCGCACCACGCUCAGCGCGCACAAGUUGAUUAUGGCGUCCGCCAGUCCUCUAGUGCGCGCCAUCCUCGGCGAGGCUGUCCAUGCGCACAGCCCCGCUGUUGUUCUCAUUCCCGGGAUCAAGAGCAGUCAUUUGAGGCAUCUGCUCGACUUCCUCUAUCAUGGUCAAGCAUGUAUUAAGUCUAGCGAAUUGGACAGUAUCCAAGAACUUUUCGAAGUCCUCCAGAUAAAAUCGGAUGUGUGGGAGUCAAGUACGCGGGAAGAAGCGAAAAAGCUCACAGAUGAGGGUUGGACGCAAAAUUCCGAAAGUGGUUCAGACUCAAUGACGAUAGUGAAAAAAGACCCCGAUGAAGACCACCGUAGUGAAGAGGACGACGAUGAAAAAGAGGAAGGCGAAAUCAAGGACGAUGAUGAUGACGAAGACGAUCACAUAAACGAACGGAAUGAUAAUGAUGAAGAACGAAGAAGUACAUCACCCAACCCUGUCAACCUUUCACUCAACUCAAAGUCAAUGGACAACGAGGACGAAAACGACAACGACAACAACAGUAAAGUUGAGAGCACAGAUGAGCCCAGUAGUGGGGAUACUCUGAAAAUAGGCCAGUCGACAGUGAAAAUUGCCCCUAAGGUUCACGAGCACUACCAUCACCAUCGGAUGAAACGGAAGAGCAUGUAUAUAGAGCCCAUUGUCCUGAAGCAUCACGAAGAAUUCGCCAGUUUGAAGCCGCCCAUUGGGGACCAGAAGCUUAUAUCACUAGUACAAACCCCCGAGAAUUACGUGGUCACACCACAUCGGAAGCGCCGACCUGGUUUCCACAACUCCCCAGCGCAAAACCCGCCCUUCGUGCCGUUCUCACCUAGUUAUAUAGAUGAAGGGGCGAUACACCAACGAUAUAAAACCCUCCAACACCCACUUUUAGCUGCUCAUCAUCCAUUGUCCCUAAGUGCUCCACCGUUUUUAGUGGAAAGGACACAUACCCCCACACCAGGUCAACAUGCGGAUGGUACAUCAGGGGAUAACGUAGUGGUAAAAUACAGACCACCCUCAGCGGACCAGAGUGUAUCCGAAGGGUAUUCCGGUUUUGAACAUACCUGGGGAGCAUGGUCAUUAUGCCAAGCACAGGUAAACACUCCAGAAGACCGUGAGAGGGAUCGAGAUCGAGACCGAGACAGGGAUCGGGAUAGGGACAGAGAUAGAUCUCGUGAGCGGGACCCAUCAAUACCAGCUUUCCCCACAAACGCACCUGUGUCCGAUGACAACCCGGAAAGCUCCCAUUCUACCACCAGAAGUUCCGGGGGACCAGGAGGUGUUGAUAAUGUAGGAUUGACAAAAAAUACCACUCCUGGUACAGGAGGUGGUGGUCAGGUGAGAGAAUACCGCUGUGAGUACUGCGGUAAACAGUUCGGUAUGUCAUGGAACCUCAAGACGCACCUGCGUGUCCACACCGGCGAGAAACCAUUCGCGUGCCGGCUGUGCGUGGCGAUGUUCAAGCAGAAGGCACACCUGCUGAAACACUUAUGCUCGGUGCAUCGCAACGUCAUCUCUGCAAGCAGCGAUGGCAGCGUCGGCCGCUUCAACUGCUGCUUCUGCCCGCUCUCCUUCGAAUCCCUGCCCGAGCUGAUACGCCAUCUGUCGGGCCCGCACAACAACCUGCUGCUCAGCAAGAAUAUGCACGAGCUCAAAUGAACGAUGACAUUCCAAACGACUCGCGCGAGAAUUGUGUGAAAAUGUGAAGUUUUUGUUUUUAGACGGUACGAAUCCGUUUUGUGAUAAAUUUACACGUGAGCGAAAACGAUGAAAUGAGACUUUUCACCCCUGUUAACCCCCCACCACCCCCUCAGGGACAUAACCCCCAGAACGUACACCCGCGUCCGCCCCCCGUCUUCCUCAUAGUGCUUUAGUAAUUUUAUACGCAUGAAAAACAUAGAUUUAUACGCAAAUAUGUAACAUAGUAACAUUCUCUCAACCGACGCUGUGUUCAAAACGACUCGUGUACCUAAAACGAACGACGAUCGAGAUCGACGGAGACUGCGCGUGGUGUGUAUGACAUGAAAGCAAGCAGCGAAUGGCGCUGAUUUCCUGUUAUAUACAUCACAAGUGGUGGAUUUAUGCAAACGCACGCAGCGCCAAACAAAAAACGCCGCUAACCUACAACGUCAGCCAUUUUUUUUUUCUUUUCUUUCGUUUUCUUUACCUGUGCGUCCGUUCGCACAUUUCACAUUUAGCGUGUGCGACGCGCGCAGGCCCAAUUACUAUUUUUACUCUCGGCUUACAUAAAGUAUUUAAACUUGCGCAAGAAGCUGCGAGCGCGUUUUUUGUUUGCCUCCGCGUGCAUUUCUCGAAAAAUACUUAUGGUUUUUACUACAAAACUGGAUCAUGUAUAUUAUUAUGAAACGAAACGUAUAUUUUUUGAAUAUACACACCAAAGACGUACGAAAGUAAGAAAAAUUACGGAAGCGCCACUUAUGUCGAAGACGAGACACACACACCAACAUAAAUUUUUUUCUACGCGAAAUAUUUUUUGAAAACUAUUUUUUGAUACUGAUUUUGAAAUCAUUUUGUGCAAUCCACUACAACUUGUGUGUGCUCUUGCCUGACGGAAACAAAUUGCGACAUCUUGAACGAAAAAAAAAUCUUGUAACUCGCGUUACGGCCAUUGGCAAUAUCGAAAAUCUAAUUCGACAUCUAAAAGCAUCGCACGGUUAAUUUUUGUGUUUUAUAAUUUAAUAUUGUUUUUUGUUUAGUUAGAUGCGCAAAAUCAACUGCAACGCAAUUUUUCGCAAAUUUUUUUCCUUCUUUUGUUUUAUUUAACGAUGUGGUACAAACAUGUGGUACGUUAGGUUUAAUUACAUUUUAAAAACACACACACACACGACAUUUCUGUAAAUACAAAGAGGCGAUUAUGCUCUUGGACGCUGCAGACUCUUGUAAAUAAUGAUAUUUAAGAUAAUGACUAUUUAAAAUAUAAAUCAAAUCACCUUUG